CAAUGAGGUCAUAUCGUCACUAAAAUGAAUUUUGGAUAGCAUAUUAGUGUUUAUGAGAUCGAUCACUACUUGCCUGAUCUCGACCUUGCCGGUUAGAUUCGUCAGAUCAUGCUUAUCACAACGCUCGUACGUAGAUACGCUUGAACGAAAUCUCAUCAUGUCAUCCUCAGAAGAUGAGGAAGCUCAAAUUGAAAGGGCUAUCGCUCUUUCUUUACAAGCAGAUAUUCAAUCUCCAGAUGCAGGUGAGAAGCGAAGAAACACUGUCGAGGAUGUCUCAAAGGAUCAGUCAUGGAGACAGAACCAACCUACUGGUGCCGGGCUGAAUCUAAAGGAAUUGGCUGCGGAACGAAAUGCUCGGUCAGUUAAGAAGCGAAACCUCGAGCCAGACAUCGAAAUUAUCUCAACAGAUAGUAAGGGUUCUAAACGGCGGAAAGCUGUCAUAGUCGACCUCAGCGACACUAGAGAUGACAACCCUGCUUCAGGGCGGCCUCCAGCUUCACCUGCCACUCCACAAAACUCCAUGACUUCCUUCGCUCCCGGAUCCUUUCCCAAGGGUGUCAUCAAGCGUACUUGGGCAUUUGGCUACGACCGGUCUGAUGAUGUCAAGAUCGAAGAAGUGAUACAGAAGAAUAGAAUCGAAGACGUUGUGUUAAGUGCUUUUCAAAUCGAUCUACAGUGGUUACUAUUGAAGUUCGCACCGAUCAGAUCGCUUAUUACAAUCACUAUGGGACUCAAAGACAAAAAAGACCAGGAACAGUGGAGGUCAGAUGCGAAGAAGAAUUUUCAGUAUAUCCGACUGUGCUUCCCCGACAUGUCUGGCCAGAUCAGUUCUAUGCAUUGCAAGUUCAUUAUUUUAUUCCACGGCACGCACGUUCGGAUUGUCAUUCCGACUGCCAACCUGAUGAAAUACGACUGGGGCGAAACUGGGGCAAUGGAAAAUUUGGUGUUCAUGAUCGAUCUUCCUCGCCUUCAAAGCCAACAAACCAAUGAGGAAGCUCUUCCACCCUUCGGGCAAGAGUUUCUUUACUUUUUGAGAAGGCUAGGCAUAGACAAUGACAUCUGUCAGAAGCUCUUGAAAUUUGAUUUUACUGAAACAAAGAAAUUUGGAUUUACACACACAGUUGCUGGUUCUCAUACAGAUGAGACUGUUCACAGGACGGGGUUACCAGGACUGUCGCACUCCAUCAAGAGACUAAGCCUCCAGUCCAGCGAAAAGCUCACGCUCGAUUACGCCAGCGCCUCACUUGGUUCCUUGGACGACCAGAUCCUGGAAUGUCUCUAUCGAUCUGCGAUGGGACAAGACAUCACUAGCAAGAGCUCUAGUAGCAUCUCCAGCGAACACUUGCGCUCGAAGAUCCGGAUUCUUUUCCCGAGUGAGGGCACCGUGAAGAGUAUUAAAGAUGGACCCGAAAGUGCCGGGAUUAUAACGUUGCAGAAGCAAUACUGGAAUUCAGGAAAAUUCCCGAAAGCGUGCAUGCGUGAAUACAAGUCCAUUCGAAACGGGCUUCUCAGCCAUAACAAGCUGAUUCUCGCACGUGGAGAGAGAGAGGGCAAGGCUAUUGCAUGGGCCUAUCUCGGGAGCGCCAACUUUUCCGAAUCUGCCUGGGGCAAGCUUGUUAGAGAUCGCGCAACGAAGAUUCCGAAGCUGAAUUGCCGCAACUGGGAAUGCGGCGUGGUGGUUCCGAUGUCCGAGUCAGCUCUAGAGAGCAUUGAUAAAGAGGCAGAUGCGACUGUGUCAUCGAAAGUCUUCGAGACCGUGUUUAGAUUACCUUUUGAACACCCGGGGGAGACAUAUGAGGGAAAGUCUCCAUGGUUCUUCAAAGAACAUCACUCCGACGCUCACUCUUGGCGUACUUGAAAGAGUCAUACAUUUGACAGCUUUUGCAUAGCCGAGCAUCGAUGUUGCGUGGCUUUGGAUCUCAAGAUAAGAGGUGGAUUCCGCCUAGCAAUGGCGCACAAAUCAAGACCACUGACGAAUGUAACGCGUAAAUUGGCUCAAUCGACGUCGAAUGAUAAUUUGAUAGCCUUUUUGGCCUUCUUUGUUUUGCUUGUAAUUUUCUUGGUUGUAGGAGCGACAGUCUUGGUGACUUCUGAGGUGGGGUCAAUCUCGUCUGCAUCCUUGAUGACCUUUCCGAUCUUGCGCUUUUUAGAGUGGCGACCAGCUUCUGCUACAUACAGCUCAGCAUCUUCAGAUAAUGGUCCCUGUAUCUGUUC